ACCACUGCACUGCAACACAGCAAGCAAGCUCACUUCUUGCAUUCUUAGCUCAUCGAUUCUUAGCCCCUUUUCUACUAUGGCUUGCACUAGGGAGGUUGCUUUCGGCGUGAACCUGAUCGGCAACAACGGCGCCGCACCGGCGGACGAGGCCAGCAGCCUCGCCGGCUGGGCGCCGGUCGGCUCGCGCACCACGCUGUCCGCUCACGUCGAGAAGGACGACCCGCCGGCGGCCAUGCUCCCGGCUGUGGACGACGGCGGGCGCGAGCACCGGCCGAGCGGCUCUCGGUACGUCCUCGCGGCGCGCCGUGACGGCGAGGAGGACGGGCUGCGGCACCCGGUCCCGGCCGGCGCGCUCGUGCCCCGGGUGACGUACCGUGUCGCCGGGUGGGUCGCCGUGCAGAGCGGUGGCGGCGAACACGCCGGCGGGGAGAGCCACGUGGUGCGUGUCAGCCUCCACGUGGACGAUGGCGGCGAGUGCCGCGUUCUCGGCUGCGGCGCGGUGUGCGCCGGAGUGGCCGGCGGCUGGGUGGAGAUCAACGGCGCGUUCCGCCUUAAGGCGACCCCGCGCGGCGCGACGGCGGUGCACGUCCACGGCGCGCCAGCCGGCGUCGACGUGAAGCUCAUGGACCUCCGUGUGUUCGCCGCCGACCGCAAGGCGCGGUUCAGGCAUCUCAAGGAGAAGACCGACAAGGUUCGCAAGCGUGACGUCGUCCUCAAGUUCAGCGGCGGAGCCGGAGUGGAGGCGACGGCGAGCAUCCCCGGCGCGGCCGUCCGCGUGGUGCAGAUGGACAACGUCUUCCCGCUCGGCACCUGCAUCAACGGCUCGGUGAUCCAGGACCCCAACUUCGUGGACUUCUUCACCAACAACUUCGACUGGGCCGUCUUCGAGAACGAGCUCAAGUGGUACUGGACGGAGGCGCAGCGCGGCCUGCUCAACUACCGCGACGCCGACGCGCUGCUCGACUUCUGCGACCGCCACGGCAAGCCGGCGCGCGGCCACUGCAUCUUCUGGGCGGUCGACGGCUCCGUGCAGCAGUGGAUCAAGGACCUCGGCCGCGACGACCUCGCGUCGGCGGUGCGCGGCCGCCUCACCGGCCUCCUGUCCCGCUACGCCGGCCGCUUCCCGCACUACGACGUCAACAACGAGAUGCUGCACGGCCGCUUCUACCGCGACCGCCUCGGCGACGACGCCGCCGCGCUCAUGUUCCGCGAGGCCGCGCGCCUGGACCCGGCCGCGCGGCUCUUCGUCAACGACUACAACGUCGAGUGCGCCAACGACCCCAACGCGACGCCCGAGAAGUACAUCGAGCUGAUCGACGCGCUCCGCCGCGGCGGCGCGGCGGUGGGCGGCGUCGGCAUCCAGGGCCACGUCUCCAACCCGUCCGGCGAGGUCAUCUGCGGCGCGCUCGACAAGCUCGCCGCGUCGACGGGGCUCCCCAUCUGGAUCACCGAGCUGGACGUGAGCGAGCCCGACGUGUCCCUCCGCGCCGACGACCUGGAGGUGGUGCUCCGCGAGGCGUACGCGCACCCGGCCGUCGCCGGCGUCGUGCUCUGGGGUUUCAUGCAGGGCCGCAUGUGGCGCCAGGACGCGUCCCUCGUCGACGCCGACGGCACCGUCAACGAGGCCGGCCAGAGGCUGGUCAAUCUCCGGCGGGAGUGGACGUCCGACGCGCGCGGGACCAUCGACGGCGACGGCCAUUUCACGUUCAGGGGCUACCAUGGCACGUACGUCGUGCAGGUGACGACGGCGACGGGGAAGAUACUCAAGACGUUCACCGUCGACAAAGGGGACACCUCGCUCGUGCUGGAUAUGGAAAUUUAACGACUACGCCGGUUUAUCUUAUAUUUGCAUUGAUUCAUGCAUAAUCAUAUAUCGAAUGAGUGGAGGGCACGUGGGACAAAAGAAUUCUGCUAGAGAACAGAGUAUGUUCUGUCCCUAACUCCCUAUGUUUUACAUAAUUUGGUAAUGGGUAUUGUAUGGUUGUACUAUUGUAAGACAAAUGUAAGGUAUUGCAUUUGCUAAGAUUUAAUGCAUAUGAAUAA